AAAAAUAUGCUAAAAAUUGAAAAAUAAAAAAUUCUAAAUAACCCCGUUCAAAGCCACCGUCCAAAACUCUGAGCGACAGAGAGGCAGAGAAAGAGGCGAGAGAGAGAGAGAAAGAGAGAGUGGAGGAGGAGGGAGAGUGAGAUGGGCGAUCCGAUCGGGAGCACGGCGAUAAUUGUGGUGGAUGACCCGCUGCCGGCGGCCGGGACGGGCGGCGGCAUCGCAACUACGACAUCGAUGACUUCAGCUCCGCUGUCGGCGUCCGGGGGACGGGAGUAUCGGAAGGGGAACUGGACGAUCCACGAGACGAUGGUGCUGAUAACGGCCAAGAAGAUGGACGACGAGAGGCGGAUGAAGGGCGGGGAGAGGGAGAGGAGCAAGACUGCGGAGCUGCGGUGGAAGUGGGUAGAGAACUACUGCUGGGCCAACGGGUGUAUGCGGAGCCAGAACCAGUGCAACGACAAGUGGGACAACCUCCUCAGGGACUACAAGAAGGUGAGGGAAUACGAGAACCGGCCGAUCGCCGGCCGGAUGUCAUACUGGCAGAUGGAGAAACACGAGCGGAAGGAGCGGAACCUCCCCUCCAACCUCCCCUCCGAGGUGUUCGAGGCCCUCCACGAGGUCGUCAACCGCAAACCCCAGCCAAGGCUCGCCGCACCGCCACCGGCAUACCAGCACCAGCAACCACCGCCACCACCUCCUCCUCCUCCACCUCCCCCGCCGCCACCACCUCAAGCCCCCAUCUCAGCCGAGGAGACGACGGAUUCGUCGGAGACGGAAGGAAGCUCGGAUGUGAAGAGGAGGAAAGUGAGAAGCCUGGGAUCCAGCAUUCUUCAUACGGCGUCCGUCUUGUCCCGAACGCUGCUCGCCUGCGAAGAGAAGAAGGACAAGAGGCACCGAGCCUUCCUAGACAUGGAGGAAAGAAAGCUGCAGAUGGAAGAGAGCAGAACGGAGAUGAACAGACAGGGACUCGCCGGCCUCAUCUCCGCUGUGAAUAACCUCUCUAGUGCAAUACACGCCAUCGUCUCCGAAAGAAACAGUGAAGCUUGAAUAAUGAAGAGUGGCAACGCUGCAACAGUCACUGUAUUGUUCUUGUUGAUCAUAACGAGUUAUGGUCGACAUUGAUUGCUGGCAGCUGUAAGAAAAUUUGUUUCUUCUUUCCCUUCCUCUCUUUUUUUUUUUUUUUUUUCUUUCUUUUAUCUGAGGCAUUGGGUCUUGUAGUCAUUGCAUUAUGAUCUCUUCCUGCAAAGCUUUCAGUUGUAUGUACUGUUAUCGUCGAAAGCUUUUGAUUCUUUCGAGAGAUUUAAAAAAUGAGAAAAAAAAUUUCCUCCUCUUCA